CGCAGGGACUCGGCCGGACCCGCGGCCCCUCUCCGAAAGCGUCAGGCGCGGGCCGGGCAGCUUCGGCGCCCAGCCCGCGCGAGCCUGAUCUGGGGAGGAGAAAGGGAAGAGAUAUUUCGCAUUUACGGCAACUGAUACUCACAACUGCUUCUUACAGACAAAUAAACUGCCCGGUACUCUGUCCUAACUUCAGGUGGCAUCUUCAACCAGUUUCCCCCCGCCUCCCUUGCUCUCUCGUAAAUCUCCCCAGGCAGUGCAGAUGGUUAUAAAAGUGGGAAAUGUGUUGUUUUAAGAAGAGCAACAGACUGUACUUUCUACAUACCGCAGGGAUCUGUAUCCCCACGGCGAAUCCCAAAGCAGCCACACACUGGGUUGACAUUUUCAUCAAGCUAUCCGCCACAACUCCAAGAUACCUCUCUUGGUGAAUAACUGCCAGCCAACAACCUUUUGCCGAAAAACCGAAGAAUCCACAGAGAUUUCUCCUGAACUCCUGCCAGUGUAUGAGCAUUAUCAGCGUUUUUCCAAGACCUUCUGUUGAAUAUUACCAGAAGACGUCUGCUUGGCAUCACUUGUUUAUCAACACUCUUUGAGAGAGGCACACAUUCUUGAGGCUUUAGUGGAGCUGUCUAUUCAGCACAUAAAGGUCACUGUGAUGGCUGCAUGCAGAAAUGUCACACGAAUGGUCCAUUGCGGCCAAAUAGUCUCACCUUGGGGACUUCAAAUAAAAAGAGCUGCUAGUUUGAGCCAUGCAUGGUGCAGAAGUAUAGCUUCAGAUUUUGCUUCCAGGACACCCACUGCAAACACAGUGGAACUUCUUGGCAAACCUUACAUCUCAGAUAGCUACAGCAACAUCACAAAGAAGAUUCUUUCCAAAGUGGGGAAAAACCUGCACAACCGAAAGCAUCACCCUUUGUGGCUGAUCAAAGAGCGUGUGAAAGACCACUUCUAUAAGCAGUACAUAGGACGCUUUGGGACCCCACUGUUUUCGGUAUAUGAUGAUUUGCCUCCAGUGGUCACAGUAGAACAGAACUUUGACAGCUUGCUCAUUCCACAAGACCAUCCCAGCAGGAAGAAAGGGGAUAACUACUACCUGAACCAGACUCACAUGCUAAGGGCUCACACAUCUGCCCAUCAAUGGGACUUGAUGCACUCCGGACUGGAUGCCUUUCUGGUUGUGGGAGAUGUUUACCGCCGUGAUCAGAUUGAUGGCACCCACUAUCCGGUCUUUCACCAGAUGGAAGGAGUCCGACUCUUCUCCAACCACGAGCUAUUUAACAAUGUCAGUGGCGGAGAAAGUUUUUGCUUAUUUGAACAAGGUCACCGUACACCACACAAGCAGGAGAUGCACACCAUGGAAGCAGCGAAACUUUUGGAAUACAGUUUGAAAUUGGCACUGACAAAACUUGUGGCUCAUCUCUUUGGUGAUGGACUUGAGAUUAGAUGGGUGGACUGCUACUUCCCAUUUACUCACCCUUCCUUUGAGAUGGAGAUCAACUUCCAAGGAGAAUGGAUGGAGGUCUUGGGUUGUGGGGUCAUGGAGCAGCAGCUAGUUAACUCAGCUGGCGCGGAGAACAAAAUCGGCUGGGCUUUUGGCCUGGGAUUAGAGAGGCUGGCCAUGAUCCUGUAUGGCAUUCCUGACAUCCGCCUUUUCUGGAGCGAAGACGCACGUUUCCUGAAGCAGUUCCAUGUGCCCCACGUCAACCAAAAAAUACAAUUCAAGCCUUUCAGCAAAUAUCCUCCUGUGAUCAACGAUAUCUCUUUUUGGCUGCCUUCUGACAAGUACUCUGAAAAUGACUUCUAUGAUUUAGUCCGAACAAUUGGAGGAGACAUAGUGGAAAAAGUUGAACUCAUUGAUGAAUACACUCAUCCAGAGACAAAACGGGUCAGUCAUUGUUACCAAAUAACUUACCGGCACUUGGAAAGGACCUUGACUCAGAAGGAAGUAAGCAACAUCCAUCACACCAUUGAGCAAUCUGUUGUACAAGAAUUAGGAGUAGAGGGAAGAUUUUGACCCUGUAGCUUUGAAUCCUCUGGUUUUCUUUUCCUUUUUCCUCUUCAUUUUCUCCCCGUUGAAAAUGGUUUCCAUCAUGUGGAAGCCUUUGGCAAUGUGUAACUUUCACGUAAUAAAGAUGAAUAACUUGGC